AUGAAGGUUGAAGAGAUACAAAAGGAACUUCAAAAGCACAAGGAGCUAAAGCGCAUGUACAAGAUGAGGCUAGAAAGAACACAAGUUUAUCUAAAACAGUGUCUUCAAGUAGCACAAGACAAUGGUUUCUUGGACCUUUUACAUAACAAGUACAAUAAAGAGAGAGAACCCUCAAUUUCUCCGAGUAUCACACGGUCCUGCACCAGUCCUCCAAUACUUUCUCCGGCACUACGACAUUUUGAACUUGCAGCCCUCAUAGAUAAAGCCAAGACGAACGGGUGGUACAUCGAGCCUAACGAGAUUCAACUGAAUGAAUUGGCCGCACAAGGAAGUACUGCAGACAUAUACAGAGGAAGAUGGAGAGGACUUGAUGUUGCAGUAAAGUGCAUGUACCCUGAUUUCUUUCGAUCAAACGAGGAUGGGGUCAGUUUCUUUGCACAAGAAGUCGAAACUCUAUCAAGACAACGACAUCCUUUCGUGCUACAGCUAAUGGGAGCAUGCCUCGAACCUCCAGAAAAUUGUUGGAUCGUGACCGAAUUUUUGUGCUCCAACCUUAAAGAUUGGUUGCACGGUCCAGGAAGUCGAAGGAAGGAACGAUCCAUUCCCCUUCCACCAUUGAAGGAGAGAUUUGAAAAGGCAUUGGAAAUUGCUCAAGCAAUGCAAUAUCUUCACGAAAACAAGCCUAGGAUCCUUCACCGCGACUUGAAACCUAGUAACAUUUUCUUGGACGAUGCAUUGCACGUUCAGAUUGCGGAUUUUGGUCAUGCUCGAUUCUUGAGCAAUGAAGAAAAGGCACUAACUGGAGAAACAGGCACAUAUGUUUAUAUGGCGCCGGAGGUGAUCCGGUUUGAGCCUUACGACGAAAAAUGUGAUGUAUACAGUUUUGGCAUCAUUCUGAACGAGCUGAUGACUGGGGAAUACCCGUACAUUGAAACGGAUUAUGGUCCUUCCAAGAUAGCCUUGGAAGUUGCAGAAAAUGGACUAAGGCCAGCAAUUCCUAAGGCUGAUCAGCAACUUGGAGAGCUAAUUGAAGUGAUAAAAAAAUCAUGGGAUGAAGAACCUACAAACAGACCAUCUUUUGCAGAAAUAACAUGUAAUUUGAGGAUGAUUCAAAAGGUAUUAACAGAACAGAUACCUUGCAAUACUCCUAUGAGUCCGCCUGUUGUGGCAACGUCGUCUCGUUCGGACAAGGGGAAGUCCUUACGGAUGGAUGAGUCGCUGGUUGCAAGCUUGGCCGAGGGCGCGCCAUCUUCUACGAUUGAUUGUGCGUUCUAUCCAGAAUUUGUUCCCUUCUUGGGGGCAGGUCCAAAUGCCUCGCCCUGCUCCAUCUGA